UCCUUUGGCUAUCCUAAUUAUCAUUUUUUCUCUUAUUUCACAAACAACGCAACAUAAUCAUACAUUGUGAUUAGUUGUUUAUUUUGAAAUUUAUUAAUUUAGUUUAGAACAUUCGUAUAAUUUUAUUCGUUUCAUUUUUUUUAUAAGAAUCAUGCAUAGGACCAAUGGAAUUUCUGGCACACACCAAGCAUGUGCAGCAUGCAAACACCAAAGGAAGAGAUGCACUGAUAAGUGCAUUUUGGCUCCAUUUUUCCCAGCUGAAAAAGUCCGGGAAUUCCAAGCAGUUCACAAAGUGUUUGGUGUUAGCAAUGUCCAAAAAAUGGUUAGAACACUCCACAACGACGAGGACCGAAAACAGGCCACAGAUUCUCUCGUGUGGGAGGCCCUAUGUCGCCAAAAGGAUCCAGUUUUAGGCCCAUAUGGUGAGUACCGAAAAAUCUAUGAUGAACUUAAGUCAUAUCAAAAUCAGGCCCAAACCCAAAUCCAAGUCCAUCAUCAAACAGGUCAAUAUGUGGCCCAAAAUGGGCACAGUAACGGGUCAAUUUACAAAACUGGAAAUGGAUUAAUCGGAUGGAGCGUAAAUACUAAUGGAUCGGGUGGUAUUAACAACAAGAUGAAUUAUAAUGGAGGAAUCAAUGACAAUGUUGCAUUGGUGGAUUGUAUUCGGGCUCAAUGUGGGCCCGUUAUUGGUUCGGGUUUAUAUGGUAAUUGUGUGUCGCAAGACGACAUGCAUGGAGGAGAGAAAAUGAGGCAGGACAUAGAUGUUAGUGUUGGUUCGAUUGUUCCACAACAACAACACAUAAUGAAUGGGUUUAACCAUGGUCAGCAUUACUACAUUCCAAGUGAAUAACAAUGAAUGAGCUUAUAAUAUAAGCUUUAAUUUGUCGUAGUUACUAGUUAAGAGAAAAGAAUUAUGAGUACAAAUUAACAAGGUUGAUUGAAUUGGCAACGUUUUGAGACGUAACAAAAUAAAGUAAUGGAAUAUGUGGUGUUAGAUAUUGGUCUAUUUUCUCAAAAUAUAUAAAAGCGUAAUUUUGAACU